CAAUGUUUUAACUGCCUUAGCGCCUCAGGCAUUUAUAGUAAGCUGCGAGAUAGACUCAACCUAGCGGAUGCAAUAGCAUCGCAAUGCGUCAUUAGACACGAUCUUUAUGACUCUUGUAAUUUAAGGAUGGGCCAUGUGGUCGUGUCUCUCGCGAUUUGGCAUAGACCAAAUAAGGCUGGUGUUACAAAUCGAAAUUUGGAUAUCAUUGGUGGGAGUAAACAAAGGUCGAAGAUCUUUCGUUCGAAUAUAAGUCUUUGAGAAGCUAGACGUCCUCCAUGAUUAACGUUUCAGGAUAUUUACGUAUUCUCCUCUUUCUCAUGAAAUGUCUACUACCACAGUCACCUCUGCCUCCUCGAAGACUCCCCGUCAGCGCAUUCGGGAUCUCCUCCCCACUGUCUAUCUCGGUCGCUACAGCACUGGAUCGAAGAACAGCUUGACCGAUAUCCCUGGCGUACUAGUAUCCACUCAAUCGAUUCACGAUUCUCCAAAUUACCCCAAUGCGACCCCAGGGUCCAUUAACACUGGGCUCACCACCAUUCUCCCUCGAAAAGACUGGUUCUACAAGGCAUGUUUUGCGGGGAUCUUUCGAUUCAAUGGAUCUGGAGAGAUGACCGGGAGCCACUGGAUUGAGGAAACUGGCCUCCUUCAUUCUCCAAUUAUCAUUACAGGAAGCUUUGGCGUUGGCUCUGCUUACAAUGGGAUAUACGAAUACGGAAUCAGAGAACAUUCUGAUGAGAAGGGUAACGUGGAUUGGUUCCUCCUUCCUGUUGUUGCCGAGACCUUUGAUGGCUUUAUGCAUGAUGUCACAAAGUUCGCUGUCACACCUCAGCAUGUUGUCAAGGGAAUUGACGAGGCUAGUGGCGAGGCCGUGAAGGAAGGAAAUACAGGGGGUGGAACAGGCAUGUUAUGCCAUUGGUUCAAAGGGGGUACUGGGUCAAGUAGUCGUAUUAUUCCAGCUGAGGAUGGAAAGUCAUACACGGUAGCUGCUUUGGUUCAGGCAAACUAUGGGGCAAUGAGGGACUUCAAAAUUGCCGGAGCUCCAAUAGGUCGAUUGAUCUUUGAAGAUCAGGAACGCAGAGUGAAGGAGAAUCCGAACGAUCCCGAACUGCUGGCCCAGGCUUCUCUCCUCUUCAAAACCGCCCAAGCUAAGGAAAGAAAGGACGGGAGUAUCAUUAUCAUUCUCGGUACCGACGCUCCACUACAUCCCUCUCAGCUCCAACGUCUCGCGAAACGCGCAACCGUUGGUCUAUCAAGGGUUGGAGGUUGGGGUGCGAAUCAUUCCGGAGAUAUCUUCUUAGCCUUUUCUACUGCAAACGAGCAAGACGUUCAGACGGGAACCGCGGGCACUGCGGGCAAUCGGAAGGUGGAUCCGUGGAGGCCAAGGGAGGUUGGAGUGAACAUGAUUAACGACCAAACGAUCAAUGCAUUGUUCGAAGCCAGCGCGGAUGCCGUUGAGGAGUCGGUAUUGAAUGCUGUUUGUAUGGCGGACACGAUGAAGGGACACUGCGCGACAGUUGAUGCUUUGGACUUGGGGAAGGUGAAAGAGUUGAUGGCGAAGUACCUAUAAGCGAGCAAGGGUUAGCUGGAUUUCUCAGUCUCGACAUCGUAUAUCAACGCAUCUCGCAGACCUGUAUGAAUAAUAAUUCAAUUUCGCCGAAAUACGAGGAGAAUCUCAAAAAAGACGGUCCUC